AUGCUGUCGACCCCGCUUCUGCUUCUGUCUGGUCUGUCGCUACUUAUACAUGUACAGGCGGCCGUGACAGGUCAGCCCUACGUUGGCGCAUACUACGCCGGCUACAGCUCGCUCAGUCCCACUGAUAUACCCUAUUCGUCUUUGACCAAUAUCAACUUCUUUGUGGCCACGACGACAAUCGACGGCGGUCUCAGCUUCUCCUCAACUACGGACGCAACUAUCAAGGCAACAGUGGAAGGCGCCAAGUCGACUGAUACGUCUGUCUCGUUGACACUUGGGGGCUGGACUGGGAGUGCCUACUUUAGCUACGAUGUCGGAAGCUCAGCCAACCGCACAGCAUUUGCAAAGCUCGUCAGUUCGACAGUGACUCGGUAUGGCUUCUCAGGCGUCGAUAUCGACUGCGCUCUUGGACAGAAGCCGAUCAUCUCGCUAGCAGUGUCAGUCGGAGGAUUGCGUGAUUCUGCCGGCACUUCUUUGUCGACGUAUACCAACUUCUUGUCCAGUGUCGACUAUCUAAUGAUCAUGAAUUAUGACAUAUGGGGCCCAUAUGGCCAGGGUCUCUCGGGACCGAAUGCACCUCUGUACACCUGCUCAUCACAGUCGAGCGGCAAUCCCUACAGUGCCUCAGAAGCUGUCUCAUACUUUCAAGAGGCAGGCUGGCCAGCUUCGCGCCUCAUUCUUGGAGUUCCAUCAUACAGCCAUUCCUUCAGUACUACUAGCGCUAGUCUGAGCACAACGACAUGCGGCUCGGCUCAGUCUCAGCUCUACCAGGCUGGACCUGCAAGUGAUACGGCACCUGCUGGCGCAAUAGAUCAGACCACUUUCGCUGGGCUCAUUGCGGAUGGUUACCUCAAUAGCGCAGGCACGGCAGGUGCCGGCGGCUUCGUUCGCCUGUUUGACACGAGCAGCUCGACGCCUUUCCUGUUCAGUAGCAGUCAGAAGAUCCUGAUCAGCUACGAUGAUGCUCAAAGUAUGUCGCUCAAGGGCGCUUUUGCAAAGCAACAUGGUCUUGCCGGCGUUUCAAUGUUCGAGCUCAGCGGCGAUACAGCUGAUCACAUGCUCCUCAACGCGUAUCGAAGCGGUUUCUUGACUGGUAGUGCGAUGAUGGCAACCUCUACUGCGGGUGUCACGACAGCUACUGCUACCUCGAAUGGAGCAAGCACCACCGCUCAUGCCAGUUCGACGCUCAGUACGAGCGCGUCUGUCAAGACGACGCCGACGCAAUCGACGAGCUCGACAAUCCUCACGGUCGAUUCUAUACGAACAUUCACAUCAAGCCUGAGCUCGAAUUUUGCGUACACGGUCAUGACCACGACAGGCAAAGUGUCUUCUACCUCAACUGCAACAGCGUCCGCAGUCACAGUUGCCACAACAUCGUCUAUCAGAAUGACCACCAAGCUCAGUACCCUUUCCACCGCCACAGCCACAGCGAAGCCGACGACUACCUCUACUGUGUUGAAAAGCAACAGCACGAGCAAGACAAGCGCUCAGGCCGGUAAGACGACUGCAAAGCCUGUCAAGCCGACGAAGAAGGCUAGCAAGCCGACGAAGAAGUCAAAGCCGAAGAAGUCGAAGACGAAGAAGGUAACGCCGAAGAAGGUGGCGAAGAAGACGAGCAAGAGAAAGGCCUCUAUGCGGCUACAGAGCCGACAUUUGGAUCCUCGGGGUGACCCGGCUUCUCAUCAUCGCCGCAGCGCAAUGCGAGCGCAUCUGUCACAUGUGAAUGAUCAUCAUAUGGGUUUUCCAGCACAGCGUAGACAUCACGAGCAAUUCAUUGUAUCCUAG